GGGAAGCGCGGCUCCUCCGCGCCCGCCGCAACAAUAAGCGGGGCGGGGGCGGAGGGGGCCGGGCCGGGCCGGGCGAGCGGAGCCCCGCGAAGUAACGGGCCGGGAGCGCGGGGGCUCUCCCGAGGCGGCCGCCGCGGUGGGAAGCGACGUGACAUUGUCGAGGCGCCCGGGGAAGCCGGGCCGCGGCGGGGGGAGCGGGGCGGGCGGGGGCCCCGCGGGGUUGCGGCGCCCGGUCGGAGCCGGCCGCCGGGCAGGCGGCGGGGGACGGCGCCCGGGCGGCGGGUCGUGUGCGGGCGCUGCGGGGGCGAGCGGCUGAAGCCCCCGCUGCCCGCCCCGUCCCGGUGGGAGGGCAGCCGAAGGGUGGCCCAGGGACCGCGGCGCGGGGCGGUUGCAUCGCGGAGGGCCUGGCCGGAGCCGUCCGAUGACGAAAGCCCUAGAGUUUGGCUCGCUGAGGCCAAAUCUGGCAACCCCACGUGUGUACCAACCCACACGUGGGCUGCCAGCCAGGAGCCGAGGGCGGCGAUGGCAAGCAAGGCUGCUGCAAGAAAUGCCCCGGCGGUGCCCCGCUGCUGGGGCUGGAGGAGCUGUCAUUGCCCAGGCAGCUGGAGGGGACACGAAGCCCUGGUGCCCCAGGCAGGGAUCUGGCAGCUUUGGGCUCUUUCUAGGGAGAAGAGAAUGAGCUGGUGUGGCAGGGCGAGAGGCCAGGUCAGCCUGCGUUUUGUUAGGGAUCCCACCCGGUAAGGACUACGCACUGGGCGGCCCUCCAUGAAAGCGAGCAAGCAAGCAGUCUUGUUCAAGGGCUUGCACAUUUCCCUUGCGUGACCUCUCUUCGGCCUGGGGAAGGAUUACGCUUCCCAGGACAAAUGGCGGACCUGUAAUUUUGAGAUGGAUAGAGACAGAGCCUAUAUUUCACUCAGCUGUGUUUGUGUCACUUAGGCAGCGUAAAGGGAACAGACAUCCCCGACCCUCUCCACGGGGAUCUGCUUGCUGUGGUGCAUCCUUGAGGAGAGCUGCCUUUGGCCCCUUUCUCCUCAUGGCCCUAGGUGGAAUAGAUUACAAGAAGGCCUGCGGGGGGAGAGGUGAAUAGGGGAUUCUCACUUUAACAGUGGUCUCCUGAAAGCUGAAACCAACCACUGGAGUUUAGAGUAAGUUUGAGGUAGCUCCAAACUCAUUCUGAGUGGAGAUGCAGAAAACCAGACCUGGUUCCUGAAGAGUUCCCGCUCUGCUUUUAGCAGCAAGUGCUGGCUCCAGGUGGCUUCACACGGUUUUACUUACAGGUAUGUCCAGUGUUUAUAAAAGGAACAGCACUCAGCCAAAGUUCCCAUAAAUCAGACUGAUUUUCUGCGAGGCAAGAGGAGGUUCUUUCUUAAUAGGAAUUUUUACCCUGUGUGUUUCAUAGCAUCAUUUCAGAAGUAGAUGACAACAUGUGCAAACACGAAUACAAGGAGACAGCUAGACCAGCAGUUCCCUUGCAGGGUAAGGCUUUCCUGCAUUUAGAGAGCACCCCUUGUGUAUAUAUGUAUGUAUAUUCACACAUAUACUUCUAAAGAAGAUUCUUCUCUUAAUGCUUCUGAGCAGAAACACCUAUAUUUGAUGAAGAAAGGCCAGCGUUCUCCCAUGACAUUUGUUGAAAAACACAACAAACCCCAUCUCUCUGCCCAGGACAGAGCUAGUUGUGGUGGCACAACCACAAGCAGGAAAAACGGAAUUGUUUUUCCAUCUUGCCUUGUUCAAGCAUGGCCGUCUCCCAAAUUGAACAAUAGCGAGCGAACAGUUUUUGUGGGAGAGGACAGUAUCUCUUCAAUACAGUUAUUUCCAAGAGGAUAACAUCUUUCUGUUUGAAUCCUGAGCAAUACCAUUUCACGUGCCUGGGUUUUCGUAUGCGCUUAGAAAAGGUGGCUUUCCCCUUGUUUCCCACACCGUUGGCCUGAGGAAGCACUGUUGACCUUGACGAUGCCUCAGGCCUAGGAAGGAGGACUCCUCUUGUUUCCGUCUUCCCGUACAUCCCCUCUGAGACAGCAUAUCUGACUUGACACCAUGUAGAAGAGCCACAAUGGCUGAUCCUCCUUUGCUGCUCACUUCUCUCUUCUGUGCCCUGUAUCAGUGCUGGUUGCCCACUGAGACACUCGCAUUGUUCAGGGCCACCAGCAGCUUCAGGGCGGCAGCCUGCAACUCUUCCUCCCACGCUGCCUUCCCUGUGCUCAACAACUGCUGAAGUGUCUGCAGUGAACUCUGCACGUGGGUAUCUUGUAGCCUCAGGAGGAGAUCCUGGAUGUCACUGGUGGGCAGCUGUCCUUGCUGCUGGCCACUGGCUGUCACCUCCAUGGCAUGUGGGUCAGAAGGAUUUAGCUGCAUGCUCCUCGACCAUGGUGUGCCCUCAGCGAUCAGGUCCAGUGCUGUCUGUGCAGGACCCCCAUCCAUCUGCCUGCCCUUGGGAGUCACGGUCAGCUUUACCCUCAGGGAUGACUCCGUGGUUUUCGUACUCGUCCAGUCUCCGGACCAGGGGAUUCUGGCAGCCGUACAGUGCACGAAGAACGCAGGCAGUGCUGGCGCGGCGGGCGGUCCGGAGGGACCUGAAGAACUGGCGGUACUCCUGGUCGGAGAGUGGUGUUCCCAGUUGCUGCGCCUUCCCACCCUGAGGGCCAGCUGUGCAGCCCCAACCCAAGAGCACUGGUAAAAAAUAAAAUGCAGGUAGUCAGGGGGAGAAGGAAAUGCUAACCAUGGCACACUCAGAAGAGCUGGAGGGCUGAACCCAGAUCUCUGUUGCCUUCUCUAGGUGCAGGAUCCAGCGUGCGGGAAGUGCAGUAAUGGGCUCAAGAUGGGGGAUCUAGACCUGGGGAAAACCUGCUCUGCCCAUGUUGAAAGGGGUGUAGUAUUUUGAGGACAGUACAUAGCUGAGGGACCUUCACCAAAACUCUAGAGAUUCCAAUCUUGAACUGGAAGAAAUGUCUUGGAAGUCAUGGCUGAAACUGGGAAUGUAGCUCUGCUGUCAGGGCUGGAGCAAGGAGACUGUUUCCUUUCAAGAUUUUAGCCUCUGCAGAUUCUCUUCCUCUGGGUAAGUGGGUCCAGACCCCUUGAGUUAAUGGAGCAUGCCCCAGUGGAUGUCUGUAUGCCCUUACAAUGGUCCAAGCAUUCAGUGAACCCUUAUGCAAAACUUAAAGCCAGUUCUUCCCUGUAAAGAACAUUAUGAAAGCUUGUGAGAUCAAACCUGUGGAGGUUAGAUGCGCCCAAAUAAAAGCCUCAUGUGCAUGUGCAAUCUUAAUUUCAUGUCCUCUUGCAUAUGCUUUUUAUACAUUCCUUAAAUUCACAGCAACCUACUCUCCUUUCCUAAAGACUUGGCAGCUCCUUCAGCGUAGAGACUGGACCUGCUGUGGCAGGGAAUCGGUUUCCCAGGUUGGGCACUUACUAUAUUCAGGACAUCUGCCUCAUUUCCCACAGCCUAGAAGGUGUAUGGAAGAACGAGUCAGGAAGAUGCUGGGAGGGCAAGGGUAGUUUUGUGGAUACUCUUCCAAGAAGUACGUUUUAUUCCUGGCUACACCACAGAGGCUCCAGUGUGAUGCUAGGCAAGUACCGGGUUUCUUAGUGUGUUAUUAGUGGCAUUUUCCUUACCUUGUGGGUUGCCGUUUAUAGGAAGGCUGAGCUCUCUUGCAGUUUUGGAGUCUGCAUGAGGUGUAUUUUGAAUGGCAAGUAAGUGCUACAUUAGCAUAUGUACUCUGAGAAGACAGGGCUGAGAUAUCUCAAACUGAGAUUCUGAAAGUAGUGGAUAUUUUUUACUUUAAUCCCUCUCUGCCCUCAUUUUGCCAUUUGCAAAAUCACUAUAAACCAAUUAAUAGCUGUGAAGCUCUAAAACAUAGAGUAUGUAAAAAGUUCAUGAGGAAAUGAGUCAUUUUGUCUAUAGCAGAGUUCAAAUGCGAUCAAUAAAUAAAUCAGAGAGUCAAGAACACUGAACAAUAAGGGUGGCAUAACAUACUGAAUAGCUGUUCAUUAGAAAGGCAGCGUCCAUACAGGGACUAAAGAAGCCAAAACCCAUGUGAAAACACUGAAGCCGGAUAAUUAAAGAGCUGGGUUACUACGUCACUGCACAGGGGGAACAAAUCUAAGGUUGCAAAAUGACUGGGAUUCAGGCAUGCUCCAAGUUUGACUUUGCAACCUCUGCAAUAGUCUCUUAACCUAUGACAUCUUUUUUUUUUUUUUUAAUUUAGGUAAAAACAAACUUAAAACCUUCCUCAUGGCGUAUAUCUUAUCAACAUCUAUGCCAUCUUAUUAACCCCUAUGUGUCUGUAGGUGCAGUAGGAUCAAAUAAAAACCACGUAACGUUCCCCCCGAGAGGACAGCAGAGUUUAUCAAGGACUUGGUGAGGCAGGAGAGGACAGCACCACACUUUGCCAGCACUGCUACUAUGAUGGAUAUUACAUCUGUUUUCUUUCCUCUGAUCGGGAUCUGCAGUCCCUGACUUGGCUUUAACCUCCUGGAUGGAGUGAAGAGAAACAGCUUUGUGGCCAGAAGCAGCUAAACACCGAGACAGUAGAGAGAUUGCUCACAAGCAGGUGACAGGACCAUGGGCGACAGACAGAAGGGCAAGCUUCAUCAGGAAAGUCCUGUGAGAGCUGAACGGCAUCUGUUCCCCUCCAGAAAGUUCACGGAAGAUACCCUCCAGGGCGCCGAUCAAAGACGGGACUGCAAGCAGGAGCUGGAGACAGAAAGUGAGGUGGAGACAUCUUUUGGAAAGAGGCGGGGAAUGAUAACUCCCUGUGGGAUGGAAGUCUGGGAGUGCGAGGACAGUGAUAGAGCCCACAUCAGCAAGGUUAUUCUUGCUGGGGACAAGCCAGACCCACCCAUGUGUCGGAACGGUGCCAUUUGGAUUCAGCAGGUGGGAGAGAAAACCUAUGAGUGUCCUGAGUGUGGGAAGAGCUUCAGCCGGAGCUCGUACCUGAGCCAGCACCAGAGGAUCCACCUGGCAGAGAAACCCUUCAGCUGCUCCGAAUGUGGGAAAAGUUUCACCCGUAACUCAGACCUGAUCAAACACCAGCGGAUCCACACCGGCGAGAAGCCCUACCAGUGCAACGAGUGUGAGAAGACCUUCAGCCAGAGGUCCAAUGUGAUCAGGCACCAGAGGACCCACACGGGAGAGAGACACUACCAGUGCAAUGAAUGCGGGAAGAGCUUCAGCCAGAACUCGCAUCUCAUCGUCCACCAGCGAAGCCACAAGGGUGAGAAACCCUUUAAUUGCCCCCGGUGUGAGAAAAGCUUCAGCGACCGCUCCUCCCUGAUCAUACACCGGAGAGUCCACACCGGAGAGAAGCCCCACAAGUGCCAGGAGUGCGGGAAGCGUUUCCGGGACAGCUCGGCCAUCAUUCGGCAUCAGAGGAUCCACACGGGAGAGAAACCGUACGAGUGUACUGAGUGCGGGAAAACCUUCCGGCAGAGCUCCUCGCUGGUGACCCACAUGCGAACGCACACAGGUGAGAAGCCCUACAAGUGCCCCGUGUGUGGGAAGGGCUUUAGCCAGAGCUCAGCGCUCACCACUCAUCGCCGGAUCCACGGGGGGAAGGCCUUGCCCGUGUACCACGGUGGCCUCCUGCCCAGCCCGUACCAGUGCACUGAGUGCGGCCGGAGGUGCAGCGACCGCUCCACUCUGGCCAAGCACCAGACCACGCACGCCGAGGAACGGCCCUACAUCUGCGUGGAAUGCGGGGACAGCUUCCGGCGGAGCUCGGCUCUCAACGUGCACCUGAGGAUCCACCGCGGGGAGAGACCCUACAAGUGCGAGGAGUGCGGAAAAAUGUUCAGGCACAGCUCAGCCCUCGGUGCCCACCUGAGGAUCCACGCAGGAGCCAAGCCCUACCAGUGCGGCGAGUGUGGGAAAAGCUUCCGGAAAAGCUCGACGCUUAAAGUGCAUUUGAAAAUCCAUGCGGCCAAGAAACCUUAUAAAUGUACUGUGGGUAGGAGAACGCUCACUUCCCGCUCACUCCUGCCAUAGGGCUGGAGCAGAUGUUCGGAGCAGGAAACAAAAGCAGUGUUUGGGGGGUACCUGAAAAAGGUGGGUGAUGAGAACCACGGUGGGAAGAGACUGACGGGAGACACGGUAACUCUGGUGUCGGGGCUGGGUGCUUAACCCCAGCGGCACAAAAACCAUUAGGAGGUCUGGAAGCAGGGAGUUAGUCCUAAGAGCUGAGUGCUGGUGGUUUAGGAAGAGUGCCGAGAACCUGAGGAACGAGCACCAGCUUCCAGGUAAGUCAGGGACUGUGAAUAUGCAGUAGAAUAACAACUGGGAGAAUCAGGCUUGUCAAAUAACUUUACAGGUAAAGUGAAGAUCAAAAUAAAAAGUUCCAGGUUGGUUAUGACUCAGAACUUUGGCCUGUUAGACACUGUAGUAGUCUUAGGAACACUCUUUUUAUGACCUUCCCUUAUUUUUCAUGCAGGUAGUAAGUUUACCCAGUGUUUAACAAGGUGCUUCCAAAUCUUUUGAGUCCAAGACUUUGGAGCUGAACUUCAGUCUGUUUGUCUUUUCUUCCUCUUUCCCAAAUCUUAGAUGGGACAAUGAAUUCCUACCUCUGUAUGCAAAGCCUGAGUGACACGGUAGCAGAACUGUCGUGGCUGUUCCCAGAAAACAUGGAUGCGCAAGCAUUUCCAGUUGGAAUGCUGCCCUUUACUAGUCUGUGGCAGCUUCUCCCAAGUUUGUCCUUGCUGGUUUGAAAUACCUUCCAACUUGGGACAUCAACAAAACAUGGGCAAAAACGCGGCCUUACCUUAUUUAACCAAAAAAAAAUAUUCCCCCCUCCCCCCCGAUGUCCUAGUCUGAACCGGUACACGACAGAAGUUCCUACUGGUGGUCAGAGACUGUUUGCAAUUUUGUAGUCCUUUUUAUGAUAGAGUACUCUUCUUUAGCUCACUCUUGUUUGUAAAGUAUUAACGUACAAAGUUCAGCGUUAACAGUUAGGAAUUACUACAUUUGCAUUUAUUACUAUGCGAAUGACUAUGUAUUACCUGAACCUCCUCUAUAUUGCCCUGUUUUACGACUAGCUAUGUGUUUCCAUCCCAAAUAAACCCUUUUUUUCUCUGUGUAA